AUGCUCUCGUGCGACACGCAACUAUCGCAGGACACUUUGCGGGCGGAUGACUCGGGGGACUCGUUCAAGUUCUCCAUGGAGCUCGGGUCGUUCACGUUCGCCCCCGCGUCCGCCGUCCGUGGCGACAGCAUUUCUGUCGAUGACUACCUGCCCAUCCCGGAUCAUUCUUGUCGACGGCACCGGUUGGCCACCAACGACGGAGAAGCCAUGGGCGUUCCCGUCCACCUGGCCAAGAAGAACGGCAGGUGGAGGGUCGGCCGGGGAUGGAUGUGCACCUUGGGACGAAGUCCCAAGGUGGCGCGAGGGUGGAGGGUGCAACUGCCGUGGGACUCCCACGGGAAGACCCUGAAGGCAGCGUCGUUGCAGCUCCGGGACAGCAGCGUGGUGAUGACCACGGAAGACGGCCACGACCACAUCCUGUGGAGCUCUUCGCGCUCACCGCAAAAGUCAAUCGACGGAUACCCUGCGAAUCGGGUUCUCCUUAACACAGGGCUCAAGGUUGGGUUCUCGGCCGGGAUAUCGCCCUGGAGCUGCUUCUGGCAGAAUCAGGUCCAGGGCGACAUCCCGGCCUACCCCACUGACAACACACCGCUCUGGGCCUACCGUCCUACGGGGUCGGUCGGGGGUACUGCCAACGGGGGGCUAGGGUGUGCUGUGGAGGGAUGGUGGGAGAGGGCCACGAACGGUGGCAGAGACAUGGGCGUCCUCGUCCACCUGGCCAUGAAGAACAGCAGGUGGAGGGUCGGCCGGGGUCGGAUGUGCACCUUGGGACAAAGCCCGAGGCCUGCUGGCGGGUGGAGGGUCCACCUUCCGUGGGACUCCCACGGGAAGACCCUGAAGGCGGCGUCGUUGCAGCUCCGCGACGGCAGCGUGGUGAUGUCUACGGAGGACGCCCACAUCCUUUGGAGCUCUUCGCCCUCGCUAUGA